UCGGCGCCCGCGCCGUAUACUGGCGCCUUUCUCCGUAAGAAAGAGAUAGCACAUACCGUCCGGUUAAUGCUGAAGAAGGACAAAACAACAUCAUACCGCGUCACACCAGACAAGCCAAAUGAAUCCAGUUUGGUUGUUAUUGGCCGGGCAUUCGGUUGUGUUACCCACUGUGUUAUUUUUUCGAUAGUGAUGUAAACAAAAAAAACUUGAAUACUGUACACUUCAAACCGUAUUUCUGACAGAGUGACGAGUAAAGAAUGUGUUUGUGCUUGUUCUGAUGAAAUAAAGAAGGAUUUUUUGGACAUUUUGUGAGUGAAAAGGUUUAAAAAUGGCGAUGUCGAGGAACAUUCCCUUCUUGCUCAUAGCGAUCUUGCCUAUAACGGCAGAGAUCUAUAUGAAUUUCACAAAGAAUCCAGAAUCGGUAACAGCGCCUGUCGGUGAUUCCGUGACCUUCGAAUGUGAGGUUAACGUGCCGCCAGAAAAGCUAGUGUGGCGUUCAAGGCUAGUGGACAACCCUGAGGGAUCGUGGGUCCAGGUCGGCACGAGUAAAGAACUCGAGACCGGGUCUGCCGCAAAGCUCGUCGUAGAAGUCACUAAGGACACAGUUACAUCAUUCUACCAGUGCGUAGUAUUCUACGGUUCGGUUAUAUUGGUGUCAAUACCGGCCCGGCUGAGUGUGGCUCGAGUGGACCUCAGUGAGAACAGCGGCGAGACAAGGGUCAUCACCGCACCACUGCACAAUACCAUCGUGUUGCAUUGCAAGGAGCCUAAAUCUGACCCCCCUGCUAUACUAAAUUGGUGGAAGGAAGAAGGGGGUGUUAAAAAGCAGCUAGAUACACCUCACGGGGUGUUGGUGAUCCACAACGCGACUGCAGGGGACAGCGGCACAUAUGGAUGCAGGGCAACCAAUGAGAUCAGCAGCCAAGUGCUAGACCUCCCAGAGAGGACGCAUUUGAAGGUGCAACAUGGUGGAAAUAGGGAUGUUAGAUUCCUGGAGUCAGAAGAGUAUGUAGGAGUAAAAGACAGCGAGGGUAUACUUACAAUGCCAGUUCAUCCGAACGGGACGUUGCGGUUGUGGUGCGGGGCGGUGGGCUCCCCUCCCCCGCGCAUUACUUGGUCCCGGGAGCAGAGAUCCCCACUACCACAACCGCACGAUGACCCGCUCAAUGUAUCUUCCUUCACUGCUGAUCAUGAGGGCAUCUAUUCUUGCUCAGCCAACGGCAUUCGUCGAGCAUGGAAGGUAGUACAACUCCAACCUCCUCGCUGGGAGGGGUCUGUGGAGGACCUCAGCGCUACGGAGGGAGGGAACGCUGACAUCAACUGUGGCUCUGCUGUGGGCUACCCUCAUCCAACUGUCCAUUGGGUGCUCAAUGGUGAAGUAUUGAAGAGUGAGAAAGGAAUUCAGGCAACAGAUUCUGACCUGCACAUUGACCACCUGGAGAAGCGUCACGCUGGUAUCGUGCAGUGCUUCGCGUGUAACAAGCUCGGCUGCACGUACCUCGCCGCCAUGCUCACCGUAGUGCCGCUGCAGAUCUCCGACCAAGAUUAUUCCGCGGAAAUGCCGAAAGCAUCACAAUCGUCAUCACAACCGCCUAAGAAACAUUACAAAAAGAAUUCCAAGAAGAAUAAAAAUAUAAUGAUUCCACCGUCCCGGCCCAACGUGACGCGACUAUCCGACCAGAGCGUGAUGGUUUCUUGGUCGCACGCCAAGGAGGGCUUGCCGAUACGAUUCUUUAAGGUGCAAUAUAAGGAAGCUACGAAUGCCAGUAAUGCUCAGUGGAAUACCGCGACGCUCGACAUACCGCCUCACAUACAUUCAUACGAAAUAGAGGGACUGUCGCCUGAUAAAUAUUACAAGUUCCGCAUCGCAGCAGUGUACUCGAACCAGGACAACAAGCAGGGCCGCAGCUCGGCGCGGUUCCUGCUGCAGCGCGGCGCCGCGAGCCGACCCGCCGCGCCCGCCGCGCCCGCGCUGCUCCGCGCGCUCGCCACCUCGCCGCACACCAUACAGCUCAACUGGACGUGGUCCCGUGGCUCUGGUGUCGAAGCAGAAGGUUUCUACGUGUACUACCGCGUGCAAUCAACAGCCGGGCCUUACACUAAGGUUUCCGCUCCUGAAUCCGCUCGCUCGCUCUCACUACACCACCUUGCCCCAGACACCAGAUACGAGGUCAAAAUCCAAGCGUAUACAGCGCAGGCGCCUUCUGAAUUCAGUUCAAUCGUAAUGGCUAUAACGCAUAAAGGGGCGGAAUCAACGAAUAUUGGAACUGGAGGUGGGAGUGCGUUUAGUGAUAGUGCUGGAGGUGGGACUGAGGAGCCACGGCGUGGUACUGCGCUUGUGCCAGCAGCUGCUGCGUUGGGAGCAGCGCUGUUGUUGGCGGCGGCCGUGGCGGUGCUGCUCUGCUGGCGGGCGAAACGACAUCCACCAAACAAAGAAAACGGGUCAGCAAUGGAAUCUCCAGGCAGCAAUGGUUACAUUCCGGCUAAGGUCCCGAUCACCAUUACUGCAAACCCUAUGCACUCAGAGGGAAGCGAACCAGGCGUGGAAAUGUCAUUCCUGCACAACAACAAUACAGGCAACAACGACGACACUCUGCCGCAUUCGAGAAAAAACGGACCCGCGCCGCGCCAGUACGUAUAGAAACAAAAAAACUACCAUUUUGGUAGAAAAUUAUUUGUUUGGAAUAUGUGAUAAUGACAAUCGCCAUAUUCAAGGACAGCGGACUUGAGAGUACAAAGCUAUAUUUAUUAUGUAUAUUUAGUAUAUUUGUAAUUUAUAGAAAAGUAAGUACGCGAAAGGGUCCGGAUGAGUGGAUACGCUUUUUGAAUCUCAAUGUUGAUAAUCAUUUUAUGUGUGAAGAGUUUGUAAGGUAAAGACCGCUUGAUAUUGAAGUGGGGUCAACUCUAAAUGAUUUAUUUAUGUAGAUAUUAAGGUUUGAAAGUCGAUAAAAUUUGGCGACGUAUUUAAUGUAUCCGAUUUUCUGUAUUCCGACUGGCAAAUAUAAUUUUAUCAGUGAAUGUUUCACAAUCAGUGUUAAAUGCUAAUCGCGUAAUUGUGGUAUCAUUGAAUUUGAACCGUUCAUAGAUAAAUUAAAUUUGGUUGUUGGAUCUGGUUUACACUAUCUGAUGUUAGAUUGAUUAAUUUCCAGAAUGUCCUACUCGUGUUUGAAACAACUAUAAAAGGCAAUGUACUUAUAUUUUGUUAUUUUAUUUAACGUAAAAUUGUAUAAUACUUGAAAAUCACUUAACUUUAUGUACAUUUUUGUUUUUUUUUUAAUCUAACAAUAUUUUUAUUUCUAAGGUUGUGAGGACGAAAUGAUUAUACUGAUUUUAAUUAUUUUGUAAUUUUCAUAGGUUAGCUAUAUAAAUGUUUAAAUACAAAUAAGAAUUAAAAAAGAAUACUCAAUUUAUAUCGUGGUGAAAGUUUUAAGGGUAUUUGGUAUAUACUUUUGCAUUUAGGAAGGUAAUAAUAGAAAAAAAACCUUGUAUUUACAAAUUUGCAUUUCAUGACAUUUACUUAGUACCUAUGACUGAUAGUAUUAUUUAAAGAUAACGAUUGAUAGACAUUAAGUAUAUACUUGUUUUGCCACUGAUUUUAAAUAAAGUUUUAAUUUGAAACAAACAAUUUGGUAGCAAAAAUACUGGCAACACUAAAAAUUUAAAGACAAACAAAUCUCAGGUAAGUUUAUAAACAGAACACAAACAUAAACGAUACGGAAAAAGCAAAUAAUAAUAAAAACUAACUAUCUCAUGUUAUAACUUUGCCUGACAUUAUGGAUGUGAGAACAAUAUGUCUGUUUAAUAACGAUAUAGCAGUCGAGUGUUGUCGAGUGUCAAUAUACGUAAUUGCUACCAAUCGAGUUGAGUAGCGUCACAAUAGUCGCUGAAGUAUGGAAAAUAAUUGCACACCUUUGUUUCAAAUUAAAACAUUCCCGAUCAAUGCAUUCGACUAUUUAUUUACUUUUGAACAAGACUGAAAAUUUUAUUAUAUUGUACACGUAUUAGGCUUAAAUUUCGAUGAUGAACCGUUUUGUAUUUCUAUUCAAAAUAGAAUGUAAACUGUUAUGUUACUCGAUUUGUGACGAAGUGAUUUGCUGACGUGAUAGGACGAUCGACGUGUUCUCACGUCAAUAUGAAAAAUGAUGUAUAUGAUUUGUGUGGACAAUUUAUGUUAUGUUUAGUGUAAAAUUGGAUAUUAACAAAUUUAUUUAAUGAUUACUAAUAUUUUUCAGAAUUUUAUGAUUAAUACAAAUUGAAUGUAAUUUUAGCGUGAGAUUGGACAUAGAAUUUUAAGUCGCGAUAAUAAAUUGUAAAAUAUUUAAAAAUAUUAAAUUUGAUUUCAACAA